AUGAGUGGAGCGGGGUCUCCCGGGGAGGAGCGGCAGCGGAUGAGUGGAGCAGGGUCUCCCGGGGAGGAGCGACAGCGGAUGAGUGGAGCAGGGUCUCCCGGGGAGGAGCGACAGCGGAUGAGUGGAGCAGGGUCUCCCGGGGAGGAGCGGCAGCGGAUGAGUGGAGCAGGGUCUCCCGGGGAGGAGCGGCAGCGGAUGAGUGGAGCAGGGUCUCCCGGGGAGGAGCGGCAGCGGAUGAGUGGAGCAGGGUCUCCCGGGGAGGAGCGGCAGCGGAUGAGUGGAGCAGGGUCUCCCGGGGAGGAGCGGCAGCGGAUGAGUGGAGCAGGGUCUCCCGGGGAGGAGCGGCAGCGGAUGAGUGGAGCAGGGUCUCCCGGGGAGGAGCGGCAGCGGAUGAGUGGAGCAGGGUCUCCCGGGGAGGAGCGACAGCGGAUGAGUGGAGCAGGGUCUCCCGGGGAGGAGCGACAGCGGAUGAGUGGAGCAGGGUCUCCCGAAGAGGAGCGGCAGCGGAUGAGGGGAGCAGGGUCUCCCGGGGAGGAGCGGCAGCGGAUGAGUGGAGCAGGGUCUCCCGGGGAGGAGCGGCAGCGGAUGAGUGGAGCAGGGUCUCCCGGGGAGGAGCGACAGCGGAUGAGUGGAGCAGGGUCUCCCGGGGAGGAGCGGCAGCGGAUGAGUGGAGCAGGGUCUCCCGAGGAGGAGCGGCAGCGGAUGAGUGGAGCAGGGUCUCCCGGGGAGGAGCGACAGCGGAUGAGUGGAGCAGGGUCUCCCGGGGAGGAGCGGCAGCGGAUGAGUGGAGCAGGGUCUCCCGGGGAGGAGCGGCAGCGGAUGAGUGGAGCAGGGUCUCCCGGGGAGGAGCGACAGCGGAUGAGUGGAGCAGGGUCUCCCGGGGAGGAGCGGCAGCGGAUGAGUGGAGCAGGGUCUCCCGGGGAGGAGCGGCAGCGGAUGAGUGGAGCAGGGUCUCCCGGGGAGGAGCGACAGCGGAUGAGUGGAGCAGGGUCUCCCGGGGAGGAGCGACAGCGGAUGAGUGGAGCAGGGUCUCCCGAAGAGGAGCGGCAGCGGAUGAGGGGAGCAGGGUCUCCCGGGGAGGAGCGGCAGCGGAUGAGUGGAGCAGGGUCUCCCGGGGAGGAGCGGCAGCGGAUGAGUGGAGCAGGGUCUCCCGGGGAGGAGCGACAGCGGAUGAGUGGAGCAGGGUCUCCCGGGGAGGAGCGGCAGCGGAUGAGUGGAGCAGGGUCUCCCGGGGAGGAGCGGCAGCGGAUGAGUGGAGCAGGGUCUCCCGGGGAGGAGCGACAGCGGAUGAGUGGAGCAGGGUCUCCCGGGGAGGAGCGACAGCGGAUGAGUGGAGCAGGGUCUCCCGGGGAGGAGCGGCAGCGGAUGAGUGGAGCAGGGUCUCCCGGGGAGGAGCGGCAGCGGAUGAGUGGAGCAGGGUCUCGAGGGGAGGAGCGGCAGUGGAUGAGUGGAGCAGGGUCUCCCGGGGAGGAGCGGCAGUGGAUGAGUGGAGCAGGCUCUCCCGGGAAGGAGCGGCAGUGGAUGAGUGGAGCAGGGUCUCCCGGGGAGGAGCGGCAGUGGAUGAGUGGAGCAGGGUCUCCCGGGGAGGAGCGGCAGUGGAUGAGUGGAGCGGCAGUGGAUGAGUGGAGCAGGGUCUCCCGGGGAGGAGCGGCUGCGCGGCGGAUGAGUGGGGCAGGGUAUCCCGGGGAGGAGCGGCAGUGGAUGAGUGGAGCGGCAGUGGAUGAGUGGAGCAGGGUCUCCCGGGGAGGAGCGGCAGUGGAUGAGUGGAGCAGGGUCUCCCGGGGAGGAGCGGCAGUGGAUGAGUGGAGCAGGGUCUCCCGGGGAGGAGCGGCAGUGGAUGAGUGGAGCAGGGUCUCCCGGGGAGGAGCGGCAGUGGAUGAGUGGAGCAGGGCGCUGAUGUGA